GAUUAGGGUAGUGUUAGGCUUAGUGUUAGUGUUACGAUUAGGGUUAUGGUUAGGGUUACCGUUCGGGUUAGGGUUAGGCUUAGGUUUAGCGUGGCAAAGGGCGGCAUAUCUGGCCAUCCAGCACAUGGCUCCACAAAGGCACCUCUGGUUCCUCAGUGCCACGUGAGGCCCCGUUGGCUUCUGUAUGGCAAACAUGAGUCAUGCAGAUCUGGUUCAGUACCCUGUGGUCCAAUCUGUGCAUAGAGGGGACGAUAACCUCAGUGUUGGUUCAAGGAAGGGACGUUGUAUCCCAAAGGGAGAUGGAUAUUUUCAAGGAGGGUCAAUAACGUGAGGAUCAGCCUUCAGGAACAUGGAAGGGUUGUUUGAAGGGGCUUUAUCCAACCUUUGUCAGCCAAGUUUCUCAGCACAUGAAGUGUGAAAGUCUACUUGCAGCCCUGUUUGGCUCUUGAGAUGAGCUGUAUAAUAGCUCAAUGCAACAUCACUGUUGCCCAAUCUCGUACCAUUCCCUCGCAGACUUUUUAUGCACCAUCCAGAGCUAUUUGCCACUCCAAUCCAAGUCCUCUAACCUUCCUGUGUGCCCAGAAGGAAGGCAUAUUUUACCCUGCUUUCCCAGCACUGAUCACAGCUUAGAUUUCUUGCUCGUGUCUUCCAUGGUUUGAAGACAGUAUCUGCCCAAAGGCCCACCCAGAGCAGGCACAUCUCCCAGACGCUGCCCAGCUCUCGGUCGAUCCAUGACUGUGAAGUGAGGUCCCCAUGUUCCAUUUCCUCCCCCUCUCCUCUGUUUUCAGGCAGUCCUACCCCUGCACAGCCAUUGGGAAGGAGAUCUGAUUAUGAAAUCAUGAGCCCUUGGAAAAAAAAACACAAACACCAUUUUCCAAAACUUCCUUUAGGCCUCUCAGUGGAAAAAACCCUGCAUUUCUUAUCAGGCUUGCCAGGCACAUGCAGAAGCCUGACGUGUGAGCAAACAGGCAGCAGCUCGAGGGCCUCCCCUCUCUGUGUUGGCCUCCAGGCUGGUCCUGCUCCUUGCCAAUGAGCUGUCUUCAUGUUCUUAGCCCUUCUUUGACCUUCACCUGCCCCUGGGGGGACAUGGUGGGUGUGAGCGUGGUUGUUGAUGUCUGCAGGUUUCCUCAUGUGUGGGAAGUCCCAGCAAAGAAAAAGGAAAGAGGAAAAAUCUGCUUUUGGCCAGUCUCAGAGCUGCUCAACCACCUGCCUGCCCUUGUUGGUCAUAGAAUCAUAUGAUGGCUGAGUUGGAAGAGACCUUAAAGCCAUCCCAGCCUUACUCCAUGCCGUGGGCUGGUUUCCCCCCACCAGAUCAAGUUGCCCAGGGCCCCCAUCCAACCCAGUGUUGGGCACCUCCGGGAAUGGGGCAUCCACAGCUUCUCUGUGCAUCCUGUGCCAGGGUCUCGCUGCCCUAUGAUGACCAAAGCAGCUCAGGGGGUCCUCCCAUGGGUUCGCCCCAGUUCAUUUUGUUGACAGAUGCUGUCAGAGGGCCUGUCCCACGAUGGCAACUCUACCCUCAGCAGGGGGUUGAAACUGGAUGAUCUUUGAAGUCCCAUCCAAACCAACCAUUCCGUGUCUCUAUGAUUGAGAAGCAUUGAGAAGUGGCCUUCUUACCCAAAGGCAUAUCUAUCAGAAUGUACAUGCAGAAUAUAUGUCUGUGAUACAGUGAUACAGUAAAACCUGCUCAUGGUUUUCAUCUUUGAGGCCACUUGUUGCUGCCCUGGAGCUUUGCUUGUUAAAAUAGGUGCCCAAGAGGGUGGCCAAGUUACAGAGUACCUUAGUUUCACAUCACCAGUCCCAAUCACGAGGCUUAUAUUUGAAGUGCAAUAAGAGCAUUUGCCCCAGACUUCUUUUCUCAGCAGGAAGAAAAUGCGGGCAUGCUGUUGUCCCCUGCCUCAUGGAUAUUGGGCAUCUCAGCCCUUCUGCCUUUAUCAUCACCUGCUGGACCCUACCAGGCUGCUCUCCCUUCCUCUCCCUGAUGAGGUUAGCAUCCAUCUUCCCAUCUUUCCUUGCAAGAAGUGGGGCUGAGGCUGGUGCUCACUGCUGCAGGCUCCCUCUGUUUUCCUCCGGUUCCCUGUGCACAGGACAAGGUGACCGUGCCGGCUCACAUGCAUGGCACCACAAUGCCCAAACCAGAGCUGAGCACCUCUGACGCAACCACGUGUGGGUGACCUCUGUGUUGUUCUGGCCAGCAGCAUCCCCAGUGGGUCCCACUUUCAUCCCCUAAUUGGUCCCAGUUUCAUCCUCCACGUCCCCACUCAGCCCAGCAUCUGCCAGGACCUCCCUGUGGCACUGCAGGAUGUUGGGAUGUGUUUCUCCCAGAGCCUGAGCCUUGCCCAAGCAUCCAUGCCCCAGUGGAGGAGAUGGCAAGCCAUCAGCUUGACAUUCCCCUGUUGUCCUCUGCGGACAUUGCGAUAACUCCCACCUGGUCGUUUGCCUUUCUUAUCGGGGCUGCUGGCCAAACAACCAUGGGGCUGUAUAUAAGGAGCUCAACCGGGGCACCCAGCACAUUCGGCACUUCACCAUUGGCAUCAGCAACUUGCCACGAAGAGCCACAAUGAAGCUGCUCCUGCUCCUCGGCCUGGUGGCCCUGGCCCAAUGCAGCAUCCACAGGAUCCCACUGCAAAAGGGGAAGUCCCUGCGGAAGCAGCUGAAGGAGCAUGGCUUGCUGGAGGAUUUCCUGAAGAAGCAUCCCUACAACCCAGCCUCCAAAUACAACCCUGUCCUUACUGCCACUGAAUCCUAUGAGCCGAUGACCAACUACAUGGAUGCUUCGUACUAUGGCACCAUCUCCAUCGGCACCCCACAGCAGGACUUCACUGUCAUCUUUGACACUGGCUCCUCCAACCUGUGGGUGCCCUCCAUCUACUGCAAAAGCUAGGCCUGCAGCAACCACCAUCUCUUUGACCCCUCCAAGUCCUCCACCUACGUGAGCACCAACGAAACCGUCUACAUCGCCUACGGCACCGGCAGCAUGAGUGGCAUUCUGGGCUAUGACACUGUGGCUGUCUCAAACAUCGAUGUCAAAAAUCAGAUCUUUGGGCUGUCUGAGACUGAGCCUGGCUCGUUCUUCUACUACUGCAACUUUGACGGCAUCCUGGGCCUGGCCUUCCCCAGCAUCUCCUCCUCUGGGGCUACCCCUGUCUUUGACAACAUGAUGAGUCAGGACCUGGUGUCCCAGGACCUCUUCUCCGUCUACCUGAGCAAGGAUGGGGAAUCAGGCAGCUUUGUCCUCUUUGGUGGCAUUGACCCAAAAUACACCACAGGAGGCAUCUACUGGGUCCCGCUCUCUGCUGAAACCUACUGGCAGAUCACCAUGGACAGGGUCACCGUUGGCAAGAGGUACGUCGCCUGCUUCUUCACCUGCCAGGCCAUUGUGGAUACUGGCACCUCACUGCUAGUCAUGCCCCAACGCGCCUACAACCGCAUCAUCCGUGACCUGGGUGUCAGCUCUGAUGGCGAGAUCAACUGCAAUGACAUCAGCAAACUGCCCGACGUCACCUUCCACAUCAACGGCCAUGCCUUCACCCUGCCAGCCAGCGACUACGUGCUGAAUGAGGAAGGGUCCUGCAGCCUUGGCUUUGAAAACAUGGGCACCCCCACCGAACUGGGUGAGCAAUGGAUCCUCGGCGACGUCUUCAUCCGCAAGUACUAUGUGAUCUUCGACAGGGGCAACAACAAGGUGGGGCUCUCCCCCCUGCCCUGAGCCCCUUCAGCCCCUUGCUGGGCCAGACCCCACUCUCCUGGCCCUCAAUGCCGCUGUCGCUGAGCACAAUAAAGCCUUGGAAAUGCA